AUGCUAAGAGUUGCCCAAAUAAAUAAGUCAGUGUCGACACUGCUGUUGAAUUUCAAUUCGAUUUCACCGACGAUCGGUGGUGUCAUUGCCAACAGUGUCAAUGCAACACGUGGAUCACAGGUUGUCUCUAUUUGCAAUGUUGAUACUGCUGUUGCUGCUUCAGCUUUCAGUAGUAGCAGUAGCGGUAGCAGUAGCAGUAGAAGUUAUAGUAGUGCUAAUGCAGUGCAUUCCUCAAAUCCAAGAGUGAGGUCAACCGUCAAACCAUAUCGUCGUGGUGGAAAAAAAUUUAGAAAAGAAUUAAAUAAUAAUAACAACAUCAGCAGCAGCAACAGCAGAAUUAGUAGUAGUAGUAGUAGAAACAAUGAAGUAAUUAUUAAUGAAAGUAAUAAUAUUAAUAACAACAAAAGUGAUCCGUACUCAGUAGUAGAUAAUAUUAUUAAUAAAUAUAAAGAUGAUAAUAGAUUUAUUAUGAAUGAAGAGGAGGAUUUCGAUUUGGAUUUUAAAAAGUUGGAUGGUGCUGGUGAUGGUGAUGGCGAUGAUGUUGUUACUGUAGAUACUAUAACACCGGAACAUGGUACAGAGAAUGAGAAGAAACAACGUAGCAGUCUAUAUCCUAGAAUCAAGAGGAACUACUUGGAGAUGCAAAAGUUGGUGUAUCAAUUUAAAUUAACCGAUCCACUCUUUGUGCACAAUAAGAAUGUCAAAAGCAUGUGGGAUGCCGUCAGAUUAUCUCCUACCACUGAAUUAAGUAUAUCGGAAUCUGAUAUCGAGCAGAUUGAAUCGUAUAUACAUUCAAAACAAUCGCUACUCAAUCAGAAACCAUCAGAGAAUCAACAACAACAACAACAGCAACAACAGAAUACAACAGCUACAACAACAGCUACAACAACAGCUACAACAACAACACCAAAAACUCUUUUGGUUACACCACCAAGUAAAACAGAACAACAAGCCAAACAAGAAGAACAAGAAGUACAACGACUGAAAAGAGAAGCUGAGAAGCUAAAGAGAGAGGAAGAAGAGAAACAAAAGUUAGAGAGACAAAGAGCAUUCCUCGAGGAGCAACAACGAAAAGAACAACAACGAAAAGAACAACAACUGAAAGAGCAACAACUGAGAGAACAACAACUUAAAGAUCAACAGCUCAAGGAGCAGCAACUUAAAGAGAAGCAAGCUAAAGAGCAACAGUUAAGAGAGCAACAACAACUCCAACAACAACAGCAACAACAACAACAGCAACAACAACAACAGCAACAACAACAACAACAACUUAAAGAACAACAACAACUAGAGAAGCAAGCUAAAGAACAACAGACAAGAGAACAACAACACCAAAACAAAGAAAAACAAAAACAGCAAUUCAUACAUGCACUAAAACAACAAGUAAAAGAAAGAGAGAACUCUGGAGAUGAUGGCACUGCUGGUAGUGCCGAGCGACCAAAAUCAAAGUUUGUUGUUGAUAGGGCAGUUAAAAGAUACCCAACAUCUUUGAAUAGCAAGACAUAUUUGCAACCGUCAUAUGUCAUCGCUGGAAAAGCAACGCUAUUCCGUCAAGAUACCUACGAGAAUCUUUUAUCUAAAAAAUUAAUAUUAGAAGAUGAUUCAAGUAGAGGUAAUCCUGUUGUAGAUUCUGGAUUUAACAACAACAAUAAUAACAAUAACAAUAAUAAUAAUAAUAAUAAUAAUAACGAUUAUCAAAACGAUCAACAUCAAUCAUCAUCGUCAUCAUCUUCAUCAUCAACAGUAUCAUCGAUUUUCAACUUUAGAAACUUGGUGAUUCUCGCUGUCAUCUCUGGUGGUGCAUACAUCUACAACAACGAUGAUUUCAUAAAGAAACUAUUAGAUAGUAGUAAUGUUCGUUCUGCCAGAGUAUUAUUAACUGGUUUUUAUAUAACAUUCUAUUAUAAAUAUUAUUUAUAUGGAUUGGAGAGAGGUGAUCCAGAGUUCCACGAACAAAUAAAGAUUGCUAACAAGUUGGCAUCGGAAGCAUUGGUCGACUUGUGUAAGAAGAACAAAGGAAUCUUUAUAAAGUUGGCUCAGAUUCUCUCCUCGUUGGAUCAUAUCUUGCCAACUGAAUACAUCACUGCACUCUCUGUAUUCCAAGAUCAUGCUCCAUACGUUCCAUUCACACAGGUUGUUCAACUCUUUAAAGAAGAGACUGGACUACACCCAGAUGAUAUAUUCUCUGAUUUCCAGAGAGUACCAAUUGCAAGUGCAUCAUUGGCACAAGUUCACAAGGCAAAUCUCCAAAUGCCAAAUGGCGAGAUACAGGAGGUUGCUGUUAAAGUUCAGUAUCCCGACUUGACAGAGCGUUUCGAGCAGGAUAUUCGUUCGGUCUACAAUGUGAUGAUCUACAUCAAUUGGUUCUUCCCCAACGAUCCACAUCCCGGAAACAUUUUGGUGAGAAGAAUGGCCAACUCUAGUAAACCUCAGAUGGUCCUACUCGAUCACGGACUCUACAAGCAGAUCGACGAGACCGUAAGAAUCAAUUUCUGUCAUUUCUGGAAAUCGAUUUGCACCGGUGACAUCAAGGGUGGUGAGUACUACGCUCGUCAACUCGGUGCCGGUGACUACGCCAAUAAUCUUAUAAGACAAAUUACAAGUCAUUUUAAGAUUGAAAAUGGAUUUAUGUUGAUGGCAAAAUCAUGCAUAAAAGGAAUCUAUCAAUCCAAUGAUAUUGUAUCUACUUUUAAAUAUUACUACACAUUGUUAAUGUUUAAGGUAACAAUCAAACUUGUUACUCUGGCAGCCAAAUUUAGUGGAAAACCACUUAUUCAACAGCCACAACAACCAAUGGCUUUCCCACAUUAA